CAAACAAUUGGGUUCACGUCAAUUUCUUUCACCCGCAAUAAUAAUUUGUUGAACUGGUAACUGCAAACUGUAAAGAUUGUGACCGAGUAUGAAGUUAAGUCUGUUGACCACUAUUGCUGCAUUCGUUGUGCUUCCUAAUUCACACGCAUUGAAACCAUCAAAGUCUGGAUUGCUUCUCACUCAACCUUGUCUGAGUACGACGGAUAAACGGUACGAUGCCAACUUCCCAAAGUCACUUGUUGUGCAAAACCCGUCAUGGAAACAAUACGAGGGAUUAUGGAAAUUCACAGCAACAAAUUUUGAAGGCGAUGGCAUCCCGGCUCAGCCUCAACCGCAUGUUCCUGCUUUGAACUAUCAACUAUUGCCCUAUACUCGAAGCGAGGCUGUAGCUUUCUACAAUCAUACCGCUGACGGCUCCAGAAUGAUGACUUACGGCUACUAUUUCUACCGUCCUGCACCUUCAUCCUUUUGCAAUCAAACGUUGGAACCGCCAUUCCAGAACGUAAUUGGGUCGGGAGUUUGCGGAGUGAAUGGUUUUGUCUCUGGCAAAGCUCAUUAUGGGACAAGCACCAAUGAGAAAGAAGGUGAACUGGAACUUUUUCGUUCUGUGGAAUCUGGUGCUCUUGGUAUAGAUGUAAUUGACUUUGAUCCUCCAGCAAAAGCCAGUUGGAUUGAUUCAAGCACAUUGUGGGGAACUACUACAAUUGAUGGAGUAUUCAGCCAGACCCAUUCCUAUGUGUUCCUGAACAACAAUACUGCCUUUGCCAGCCUCAGCGUAAUUGAUUUAAUCACAAGUUCAAGACAAACCAACUACAUUGCUAAAAUGACAAGAAUGGAUGAAACUGAGUGGAUUGCGGCGGUUGAGCAAACUUACAAAGACUACAAUAUAAUGGAAGAGGACAAAAUCCCUGUUCCUUUUAAAGACUUUUCCAUGGAUCCGGAGUGGUACCCGGCAGAGAAGGAAUGGUGUGGAGGAGUGGGCAGCGAUCCGGCAUGCGUUGAGUCACCAUUUCAAGAACCAGACGCCAAGUUGAAAACCGGUCCUCUUGUAGGAUUUGUCAUCCUUGGUCUUGCUUUAUUCUGUGUCCCAAUGUAUGGGUUAUACCGCUACCGACUUGGGCAACAGGUGCGCCGUAUCAAAACCUGUUUCAUACAGGGUAUUGCCAAAAAUAUCAACAUAGCUCCAACUCCAGGAGCACUUACCCAUGAAAAGUUGUUAGAAGAGUUCCAACACAUGGAUAAAGACAACGGAGGUACCAUUGAGAAAGCAGAACUUAAGCAAUGGAUGGAUGAGGGAAAAGUGGGCAAAAUUUCAGAUUCGGAUUUCAAUGUGCUAUGGAGUGCUUUAGACAUUGAUGGCUCUGGAUCUGUUGAUUUCAUUGAAUUCUGCACUUUCCUAAGCGGAUGCGGUGAGGCCUUUGAUGAGGUCUACAAUCACCAGCAGACUAUGUCCAAGGAACAAAAAUUGAAGUUUGCUUCCCAACGUUUUUCAACUCGGUCCCUUGCAAACAAUGGCUGUAUCUCAAACGAUAUAGAGGACAACUCUUAGAGAAGCUGGCAUGGACAAUAUUUGCAAAUUUGAAAAAGCACCAUAACAGGCAAUCACGGAUUGCAUUCACAAUCUUCAGACUUGUAUGGUCACAAUUUUUCAAAUUAUAUACUAUGCAAUAAUGUAGCUGUAUGCAAAUUUAUAGAACAAAAUAUCAAGCCUUCUUUA